AUGUCCAUCGACGCGCAGGCUCCUCGUCGCUCACCCUCCCUCUCCUCCUUUGCCUCGACCGGUAGUUCAUGGAGUGACCUUGACAACACCACCACCGGCACCAGUCACAGCUUCGUCGGAAGCAUCCCCGUCGUCGCCGACGCCGCCAACCGCCACCGCUGUCCGUCUCCGGAGUGCCCGCUCCUCAGGGACCGCCAGAGUAGCGUCUCCUCCGUCCGCAGCUGCGAGGACAUGAGCGCCGACAAGACGCAGGAGCUGUGGUUCUGCAUGCUGGAGCUGCAGGAGCGCUACGGCUGCUACAACUCGACCCGCAUCGACCUCGCGCUCGGCGCGGGUGAGCAGGCCGUCAACUUCAUGCCCAACCGCUUCAUCAUCGACACGCUCAACAACUCGCUCCGUGAUUUGCCCGACGAAGGCUGGAAGAAGCUGUACAGCUGCCUGGAUGAGCACCCGAAAAAUGAAAAGCCGAAGCCGAAACGCAAGUUUUGGUCCAAGGUUUGA